AUGAAAUGCAGCAAACCUCGCGAAGAAUCUAUUCUUUAUUUUCGUUUUUCUUUGCUUUCGAGUACCGCAACCACCAUCAAGCAUACCUUUUUUUCGGGGACCUGGAGGAGAGAGGGGGAGGGGAGGGGGGUCGGGUUUCUUCCUUCAUCCUCACGCCCCCCCCCGCCCCCCCCCCAAUCUUCCCCAAUCUCACUCCGUCAAGCAAGGCUUGUUCGAGGCCGACCAACACCUGUACACCCUCAGGCAAUGGCAUACUCCCCCAAACCAACAGGGAAAAACAUCAUGUCCAGACCGGAUUUCAUCCGAGUUGCUUGCCCGUCAUGUCUUAGUCGAGCACACCACACCUCAUUCCCCAUCUCCCAUUCCUCAUCCCGCCAGUCGCCAUCCUCCAUCCCGCUGAUCCAUGAUUCAACCUCCAGUGCUCCCCCAGAUUGCCACCCGACUUUGAAACAUUCCGAUGUCUUGUCGACCGCGACAACAUGUCAGUCAAGUCUGGCGCCCGCGCGUACACACCCGACGAUUUUGAAUGUGAUGUGUAGCUUUUUCAUCUUGUCUUGGAUCUCUUUAACUUUUUUUCUGACAGAACUGGCCCGGCCCGCGAACCAGAAGAUGCAUAUGAAAUCCGAUGAAAAGCGGAGUGUGCAUUGGGCCGGUGAAGGAUUUCUACGAAUAGAACCGCGCCAACUCCACACCCUUCGACCGGACACCCGUCUGCAAGGACACCUGCAGGACCCUGUUCAACGGUGCACAUGGCGGAUCGACACAGCUUGA